AGCCGGAUGGCGCUCUCGCGCAGAAAGUCAGAAACUGCCUCAUAGAAGUAGCUACUAAUUUACGAGUCACAAGAAAAGACGACGUGCAAGAAUCCAGCUGUAGCCAAAGCUAUCUCUACUAUAGCAAAGCUGAAUAAAAAGAAACGCGAAGACAGUAAACACAUGAUUGCGACAAUAUGGUUUAUGUGUGUUUUUCAAGUCAUCUACAGGGAGAUGUUAAAGGACUCGGUGUCUGACCUGAGGAGCACACUGGCUGAUUUGGAGAAGAGACUUCACAGUGUUGACGGAGAAGAGAACGAGUGGAGAACCAGAUACGAGACACAGCUGGAACUGAACGAGCAGCUGGAGAAACAAAUCAGUGUCAUUCGAGAGAGACUCGAGACCCUCCACGGUGAUCCCGCAGAUCGACUGGCCUCUAUUCGCUCAUAUGAUGAAAUGUCAGAGGAUGCUCUCAGACAGAGGCUGAAAUUGCUGUCUACUGAGAAGUGCAGCCUUCAAUCCCAACUGAAGGAUUUCCAAAUGAGAAUUGUGCAGGAAGGAAAGACUUACCAGAAAGUCUACGAAGAAAGGCGGGCGUAUCUUGCAGAGAUUGCAAAGCUGUCCUCAUCGCUGGAUAUGAGCAGAAAGCAGCAGAUGGUUCAAGCCCGGAGGACAGCCCUGGGUCCAGAAAAAACCAGAGGCCAGGAGAGUAAGAGGCAACAUUCAGAUAUGAUGAAGGGGUCUGUCAAAAAAGCACCAGCGAGGAGUCGACUCCCACGAUUAAAACAUUAAUGCAGUUCAGGGAUCUUCAACAGGGUGUCCAUCAAUUAUUGUUUGAUUAUUUUUGUAAUCAAAUUACAAUUUUUAUUUUUUAUUUUUUUUAAGAACAGUAAAAUGAAGCAUAAUUUUUGAGUUCAUAGACCUAGCUUGAUAGAGGCCACUCUGAACUUUAAUGAUAUUCACUAAAUACUUUAAAAUAGUUUUUAAAAAUAAUUUCUUCGCUUAUUUGAUUAGGUUUUGUCUUAUUUCAUUUCAAGGUAUUUUCUUUAAUUAAAUAUAUUGUCAUAUCAGAUGUUAAUUAUGUUAUGAAAUCUUCCCAGAUUGCAAGCAACCACUGAAACAAUAAGUCAUUGUUUAUAUGUCAAUGCUAACUGCAUUGAAUUAGUGUUACAAAGUGAUGUUGGAUCUAUAUCACUUUUGCACCCAAAAUUAAUGUUGAAACAAUGGGGAUAUUUCAACAACAAUAAAAAAUGGUAAUGUCUUUGAAUGAACAUUAUGAAGUAGGCUAAUGCUGGUUCAUCAUCACUUAUGCACCCUCACUUAAUGUUUAAUUUAAAAAAAGCAAUGAAAAUGUCAUUGAAUCAAUGUUACACUAUGAUGCUGAUUCUACAUCACUGUUGAGCCUAUAUAGAAAUUAACAAAAAAAAAAAAAAUGUUUUAUGUGAUUACAAUGUAAUGUUCAUUCUA